AUGACGCUCAGCUCUGAGAGUUCGCCGUUGCUUCUGCGGUCUUUUCCAAGGUUGCGAGCCAAGCGUUCCAAUGCCAAGAAAUGGAUACCAGCAGCAUUGCUCACACUUGGAAUUCUGUCUCUUGUCUGCUAUGGACAUGGCCGUUCGUUCAAAAAGCACCCUCCCGAGUAUCGCAUACCUGAUCUCGGUAGCCCCACAUGGAGCCCAUCAUUAGAACAAUUGGUUAUUGCGGAAAACGGAACCGUUGCAUCGGAUGUCAAGGUGUGUUCACAAAUGGGGGUUGACAUCCUAAAACGCGGUGGAUUCGCAGCUGAUGCUGCUGUAACAGUGGCCCUUUGCAUUGGAACCAUCAAUUCAAUGUCGUCUGGUAUUGGAGGAGGAUGCUUCAUAACGUCAAAAAAGUUUGGUACACCAGGAGCGAUCAGCAUUGAUGCUCGUGAGAUGGCACCGGCAAAGGCCCAUAGGGACAUGUUUAAAGGACGCGAAGACGACGCCAAAGUCGGUGGUUUGGCUGUAGCCACCCCGGGAGAGUUGAAAGGACUAUUCGAACUUUAUAGCCGGCAUGGCUCUGGAAAUUUAGAAUGGGCUGACUUGGUGAUGCCAGUUGCAGAUCUCGCCCGUGAGGGUUGGAUUGCGGACCCCAUUCUGGAGUUUUCCCUUUGGAACGAGAGAGACUAUAUCCUCAAACACCCCAGAAACUGGGCCUGGGCUUUUAACGAAAAGGGAAGAUUGGUAACCCAGGGUGACCAUGUCAAGCGUGAGGCGUACAGCAAGACUUUGGAAGCUAUAGCAAGAAACGGCAGUUCUGAUAUCUUCUACGACUCAGAAGGUCCUCUUGUCGAGGGUAUGGUGACAACAGUCCGACAGAGCGGUGGAAUUCUAGAGGCUGACGACUUUGCUAAAUAUCAAGCAAGAGUGGAACCAGCUUUGGAGAUUGAAACGUUCAACAGGGACCAAUAUCGGGUAUUCACAUCCAAUGGAGCAUCCUCCGGAUUAUCGCUCAUGGCUGGACUCCAAAUCAUGAACCAUUAUGAAGACCAGUCCCAGUCUGACUAUGGGGUUAAUGAGACGCAGAGACUCGUGGAGACUAUGAAAUGGAUGGGGACUGUGAGAAGCAACCUUGGUGAUGUUUCCCCGUAUUGUGAAAAUGAGACGGAGAUAGCUGAGCACCAUAAUAGAUAUGCAAAAUUCAGCAGCGCUGAAUGGGCCAGACAGACACAGCAAAAGAUUGAUGACAAUCACACUUUAAAGUCAUGGAGAGAUUACCAUCCUGCUUACCAGAUGAAUGAUCCUCAUGGAACGUCUCAUUUCAGUGUGGUAGACAAGUUUGGCAAUGCGGUUGGAAUGACCACCACUGUCAACCUUCUGUUUGGAUCCAAAGUUUGUGAUCCUACAACAGGAAUAAUUUUGAACGACGAAAUGGACGACUUCUCCCUUCCAACUGCUCCCAAUGCAUUUGGACUCGAACCAUCGAUUUUCAAUUUUAUUGAGCCAUACAAACGUCCGUUGUCGUCGUGCUCACCAACGGUGGUGGUCGACAGACUGACAGGUAAGCCAGACCUGGUGAUUGGUGCAGCUGGAGGAUCCCACAUUACUCCAGCCGUUCUCCAAGCAAUAAUUAGAACAUAUCACUACAAUCUUACAAUGCUCGAGACAAUUGCUUUCCCGAGAAUUCAUCAUCAACUUCUUCCAAACGAGGUUGCCCUGGAGAUCCCAGCUGAGGAGAGUGUUAAGGAAGAACUGGAACUUCGCGGUCACGAAGUUAUAUUUGAGACUCACAGAACCGCUAUGAAUGGUAUUAGAAAUGCUGGCGAUGGUGUUUGGCAUGCGGUAAGUGAUUUCUGGCGAAAGAAAGGUGUUCCUGUUGGGUAUUGA